AUGGCCGACAGCACCAGCUGGCUGCGUAGAUUCCAGCAAUCUCGCGCGCAACCUCCCAAGCACCAAUCGCAGCCCAUCAUCACUUCGGCUUCGGAGGAUAGCUUUGUCACAAGUGUAACGACUAUCGAUCACGGCAAUGGGGGGAACGCCUCGCCUUUAUCUCAUCAUUCCGCUGCGGCGACCAACAACAAACAUCACAUCAAUAAUGGCGGUGGCAUCCGCGUAGUCAGCAACGCCGGGGGCGAAACCGGAAACGGGAGCGGGAGCGGGAGCGGAAGCGGGGGAGCAUUCGGAGGUAACGCGACCGGGUCCGGACCACUGCCGCAAAUGCCGCCGCCGCCACCACCCAAAACCCCCACAGCGGGUGUUUUCUCCUCGGGAGCAGGAGGAGCUUCAUCAGCGGCAAGCUUACGUCGCCCAUCACUGCCUCAUCAGAAAUCGCCAAGCGAUAGCAAUGUUAACGGCACAACAAGCAGCCGAUUACUGAGGUCGAGGCCAUCUGCUACUUUUCAACGGGUCUCAAGCUUGCUUAAUCUCGGAGGAGGAGGAGGAAAUGGGACAAAUUCGCCCUUGGCUACCACUGCGCCAUCAUCACCCUCGUUUUCUUCCGGACGGCCUCGUGAGGGAAGUGGUGGUAGCACUAGCCGGUUUACCUUCUUCCGGCCCCUGACGCCGAGUGCUGCGGCAGCACCGGCACCGUCCCUGAGUGCCUUGCCGCUUAGCAACUGGAGCGCAACGAAUGGAGAGGACGAGGAUGACUGGCUGGGAGGACUGAGGCGGAAUGCGGCUAGGGAGAGCCCCUGGCAUAAUCCCAACUUGAUGCAGAUGGCGGAGACGUUGCAGGCGGUUAUGAUGGCGAAGGGGGACUCGAUGGCUGCUCUUCCUGCUCAGUAUAACUCGCUUGUCCACAACGUGCUCGAGGGCUUCGCGCACCUCACAAAGCGGUUGCAGGCCCUAGAGCAAGAGCUAGCCGAGCUCAAGAACCUUCGAGAGAAAGAACUCGAGCAGUUUCGAGGAAUCAGCGAAGAGUGGAUUCAGCGGGAGGACGGAUACAAGGCGGAAAUCAAGCGGCUCGAAGUCGUGCUCGCUAAGGAGAGCAAAGAUGGCUUGGCCAGUGUUACGCUGGCGAGACAGGACACGCUCAUUGAUCGGUCAGGGAGCAAGAGGUUCCAGGCGAGGUUGAAGAGGAUGAGUACUACCGCUGAUCGGGAUCGAGCAGGAGAGAGCGAUAAUGACGGGGACAAGGUGACUACCAGGGACGGAACUCGCUAUGGGAUAAGACAGACUUCCCUUCGUAACCUUCCAGUGGACAAUGAUAUCCGCAUCAGUCAACUGGUGAAAAAACGAGCGGCGGAGGACAAGCGGAGGGAUAGAUCACUAUUGCAGCAAUCUAUGCCUCCUCCUCCCUCUGUUUCUGUAGAAGAGACUAGCCUUGACUCAUCGUCGCCAUCGCCUCCGUCACCAACAAAGCCAUACAAUGGCCUACGAUCAAGCCACAGCCAACAUACGGGCUCCUUAGACAGCCAAGUCUACAGCCCCUCCACGUCCAGUAGCUCCACCGCGAGUACGGCCUCACCGGAUGCAACCCGUAGCUUGUCUCAAAGGCGCAAUAUCAACCACCUUGUAAUCGAAACCGGAGACAUAUCCACAGCCGUCAAUCCACGACAGCGGCGCAUCUUUUCGUAUAUCGAAGGCGAAGCGGAAGUCCUCGCAACGGCUUCAGACGAUCGGCAACAUCCUUUUCAAGACUACUAUGAAUUUGCCAACACGUUCAGACAGCAGGAAGGCCAGAGUAACUCACAAUCACCGACCGACACGGAUGGCAUUGGCUUGCCCAACCGGGUCUCAGUGUCAGCAGUGCGUCCACCGGCGGAAGAACUCAUGGACAAGGCAUCAGCAUCAACACUCCCAGCCGAAGACGAGUCAACUACCCCCUCCAUGGGUACCUCUUCAAGAUCAAGUAACCUCACAGGCCUCACCCCAUCCAACUCCACCGGCUCAGUGAUCUGGGUUGGAAAACGCAACAGCAGAGCAGCAGCAGAAGCAGCCGCCGCGAUUACCACCUCCUUGUCCUCCACAACUCAAGUUGGCCAACCCAGUCACUAUGAGACGAGUGUCGGCGGCGUCGGCGUCGGCGUCGGCAUCGCACUUGGCGGAGGGAAUUAUGAGCUAGGAGAUAUGCCCAGCACUACCACGGAAGCAACAUUACCAAGCGCUUCCACAGCUGAAGUACCCAUCUCUACACACUACCAUUACUACCCCACGACAACAACGAUGGCCACGAGCCCAAGAUUAGGACCAGGACCAGGACCGGCCAUACCUCCCCGAACUACCUCCCACCAGCAGUCCACGUCUACAGCAAAAUUUGGGAGGGUAAGUCCCAUCAAGGAUAGGUUUGAGCAGUUCCAUCAGCUCGAACAGCAGCAGCAGAAACAGUCACAGUCACGGUCACGGUCACGGUCACGGUCACGACCUCGUAAUGGUGGCAACGAAAGGAGUCCCGUCCGCGAGACAGCAACAGCUCAGAAGAAGAGAGACAGAACAAAUUCUCCGAGCAAGAACAAGAACAGCAACGUCUCCGCAACGGUGGAGAUGUUCAACGAAGGUACAUAA